UUUGAACGGCAUCGUCGGUUAGGCAGAGCUGCGAUGUAUGGCCACGAUCCGGCCGCCACUCGUUGAUGUCGCCGGCCGCUAUCAGCUCGACGCGUCGUUGACAAAAUCCUCGUCAUGGUCUCCGAACGCGGCCGCAGAGACUUCGUAGACUCGCAGCUGUGAUGAAACACGACUCUUCGCUAACGCAGGUACCGUUUGCUCUCACUGCGGGCCAACGGGACUAGUCGAUCACCUUGUCGAUUGGUGGGACCCGCAAGGCCAGACACCCUGACACAUUGCCGUCUCUUCCCCAGAGCCGGCGUUUCACCAUGCUACCUAGCCAGCUUCGAGAAGACUUUCAUGGUAUCACAAGCUGUGUCAUUGAUUUGACAGACUGGAUCAAGCAUAUGUCUCGAGAGACCAUCAUUCUCCAUCGUUCAGGUUCGCUUAAUCUCCUCUCCUUAUGCAUCUCUAAUGUAAUUCUUGCGUCAGGUCAUAUGCAUAUGCAUGGCCAAUUCAGCGUCUGCCGAGACCGCAUGCACUCGGAAGCGGAAACGCGCGCUAACAGAAAGGCAGAAAUAGAUCAUCACCACCCAAAGCGGAGCUUAUGCAGGUCUCAGCCACGCAAAACUCCAGAAGAGGAUGGCUUGAAAGGGCAAGCACGCCAGGAUUUUCCGCAUUCAAUAGGCAAAGGCAUACGUCAGGCUUGCAUGCGAUUGCAGGCUACUGCAGGAACAAGUAAACACGACGCAGGUACGAGGAGCUAUCCGAUGGUAUCGUUCAAUCUCCUUAUGCAAGCCUUGUUUCAAUCUGCAUGCGGACCUACAGCACCUAAAAUCCUGCACUGCCUAAAAGGUCUAGCAGAUGCAGUUGAUUUUGUACGCAAGACCACGGGUGAUAACAAGAGCCUCGGCUCGAUUAGCGGCACGUUCUGCUCCCCGUGCCAAACCAAGGUCGCCCCCAUGACUUCAGUCUGGCCUUUUCCCUUCUGCGGGUAGCUUAUGGCUUAUAGCCGUAGUUGGUCUCCGGGGAAGUCGUCCGUCAGCCUAC